UCAGCUUUGUAGUAAACAAUCAUUUUCUACGAAAAAACAAAUGCGUGUUCAAAAAAUAGUUGUCUUAAAUUCCUUGAAUUUUCUAUCUGGGUGACAAGUCCAACUGUCCAAGGGAAGGGAAAGAAACCCAUAUUGUGAGCCAUGAGGGUUGAACUCACUGACAUUUUAAUCUGUAUAUUCGUUUAGAGCUUUGCAUUCCCCUUUUAUUUCCAGUAUAACUUAUGGAUUGAUUAAUUGUAUAUCAGUCCUGAUCACAUCAUAACUAUAUAUAUAUAUAUAUAUAUAUAUGCGCGAAGGAAGCUCAAGAGGGGGUGUGUGUAGGUUGGUUGGGAUUGAGGGUUGAGAGGGUAAGGCCAAGAUGGGUCUGCUAAGGUCUUGUCCAUUCUCUUCCAUGGUCGUGCUUGUUUUUGUUCUGGGUUUGGUUUUGAAUGUGGUAGUUCUUUGUAAUGGAGGCAUAACAAGCACUUUCGUGAGGAAAGUUGAGAAAACUGUUGAUAUGUCUCUUGACAGUGAUGUCUUCCGAGUUCCACCUGGCUAUAAUGCUCCCCAACAAGUUCACAUUACACAAGGAGACCAUGAGGGGAAGGCAGUGAUUGUGUCAUGGGUCACUGUGGAUGAACCAGGUUCAAGUAAAGUGCUUUACUGGAGUGAGCAUAGCGAGCAGAAGAAGCAGGCCGAGGGCAAAGUACUAACCUAUAAAUUCUACAAUUAUACUUCUGGUUACAUUCAUCACACCACGAUUACAAAUUUGAAGUUCAAUACUAAAUACUACUAUGUGGUCGGGAUUGGUCAUACUGAGAGGAAGUUCUGGUUCACAACACCUCCAGAAGUUGGUCCGGAUGUCCCUUAUACAUUCGGUCUUAUAGGGGAUCUUGGUCAGAGUUUUGAUUCAAAUAGGACACUUACUCAUUAUGAAUUAAACCCGCACAAGGGGAAAACUGUGCUGUUCGUUGGGGAUCUUUCUUACGCAGAUAACUACUCGAAUCAUGAUAAUGUCAGAUGGGAUACAUGGGGAAGAUUUGUGGAGAGAAGUGUUGCUUAUCAACCUUGGAUUUGGACUGCAGGGAACCAUGAAAUUGAUUUUGCCCCAGAAAUUGGUGAAACUAAACCUUUUAAGCCUUAUACUAGCCGGUAUCAUGUCCCUUAUAAAGCUUCGGGCAGUACUGCUCCAUUUUGGUAUUCGAUCAAGAGGGCUUCUGCUUACAUCAUAGUCUUGGCUUCAUAUUCAGCAUAUGGCAAGUACACUCCUCAGUAUAAAUGGCUUGAAGAAGAGCUACCAAAAGUUAACAGGAGCGAGACACCGUGGUUGAUUGUUCUAAUGCAUUGCCCAUGGUAUAAUAGCUAUAACUAUCAUUACAUGGAAGGAGAAUCCAUGAGAGUGAUGUAUGAGCGAUGGUUUGUCAAGUACAGAGUUGAUGUGGUAUUUGCUGGUCAUGUCCACGCCUAUGAAAGAUCUGAACGUGUUUCCAACAUUGCUUACAAUGUCGUAAAUGGUAUUUGCACUCCUGUGAAAGAUCAGUGUGCCCCAGUAUACAUAACCAUAGGAGAUGGAGGAAACCUUGAAGGCUUAGUAACCAAUAUGACUUAUCCACAGCCAGGGUACUCUGCCUAUCGUGAGGCCAGUUUUGGUCAUGCCAUUUUCGACAUCAAGAACCGAACCCAUGCUUACUACAAUUGGCAUAGAAACCAAGAUGGAUAUGCAGUGGAGGCUGAUUCAUUGUGGUUUUUCAACAGAUACUGGCAUCAAAUCGAUGAUUCUACAAAAUAACUAACUAUUGCUUGAUGGAAUAAACAAGUUUUUGUAGUAUUUUUGAAUUAAAUGCAACCUGUUUGUGUUUGCUUACUGUCAUAGGUUGGAAGCUCUCUUCAUUCCUUGUUGAAAAUGUAUGAAGGGCACAAUAAUAUGGCUGAUUGAAUUAUGUGUCUAGGAAAAACAGAUUCAAGAAGCAUGUAAAAAUAACUUUGCUACCAAAAUGCCACAUCUCUGACCAUCAAUUAAUACAAAGUACACAUUGUUUUGCAUCA